AUGUCGGACGCCCCUGUAGCCCCUCCAGUCGGUUCCGGGAUCCCCCCCGAUAUUGGAAGAGUUGCCGGUCCACUGCUGCUUGGGUAUAUGUUAAAUUGGUGCCUUCAAGGCGCGCUCUCUCUUCAAGUCUACCUAUACUACCUCUCCUUCCCGAAGGACCCACCGACAAGUAGAAUAUUAGUUUUCGGGGUGUUCAUCUUUGAGACAGUUCAGACGCUGCUCCUCACAGAGAAUGCGUUUAGUAAUUUUGCUUCGGGGUUCGGGGACCUACGCGCUCUGGAUCGAAUCGGUCUUAUCUGGUUCACGAUACCCAUCAUGAGCGGAAUAGUCGCUUUCGUUACACAGACGUUCUACGCAUAUCGCAUUAAGAUUCUUGCACAAAAUAACAUCGCUCCGUCUUUCAUCAUGCUGUUUGCCUUUGUACAACUGGGAGGAGCUAUUGCCACAGGAGUCAAAUCAAAGGCUGCUGUCGUACACAGCAGAUUCGUUAGCAGAGAUUCACUGAUCACGACAGGGAUCUGGAACGGUGGAAGUGCUGUAUGCGACAUAAUCAUUGCCGCCUGCAUGACAUACUACCUCUCUCAUCGAGACGCUGGUUGGGGCCCCACCCAGAAGAUCGUUAGGAAGCUUACGCGUUUGGUCAUCGAGACCGGCUCACUGACAGCCACCGUCGCGCUCGUCAAUUUCGCGUUGGCCUUGCUCCCGGGCCAUCCGACGUACUAUCAAACUGCCGUUGGCGUUCUUGGAAAGCUCUACUCGAACUCCAUGAUGGCGGUGUUCAACAGCCGUAUCAGGCUCAGCCACUCGCCCGACACCUAUUCCAACGCCUCAUCGCACGUAUCCUACAGGCGACGUACAUCGCUGACAGAAUCCGGGACUGAGAUCUACCCCAUAGACCCGACGAGGUCGCAAAGACAAGACGAUUCCAUGAUUGGAGUCGACAAACCUCGCGACCUGGUACCCAACGCUUGA